UCUUAAUAUUUAAGGGGUUUCUACAAAUAGGCAAUGUCGAGGCAUACGAAUCUUUCCCCUGGACGGAGGAGGCAUACUAGGUGAUUGUCUCUAUUGUAAUCACAGAAAAAUCCCUCCCCUUGACCCAGAUACGGCCCAGUCGAUGGUGUGAAUUAUAGACACUGCACCACUUUCACAGCCAGUGGUUAUUUAAGAUUUUGCUAGUGGGUUCCUUCGGGUUGCGUAACAAUAUUCUAUCUUUGUUGAUAUUAUUACCAUUCUCGGUCCAUUUGCAAUUUAGCAAUUGCAGAGGAGCAAACCUUCGUGUUCUCUGCCUUGUUUUAUUUGGAUACAGGAUGGUUAUGUAUAAGUAUUAAGAAAUUAUUCCUUGUUUGUCAUCAUGGCUUUGAUCAGCCCGUCAUUUGUUAUCAGUAUAUUAACUUACCAUCUGUUGAAUAAAAUCCAUGUUUAUGACUACGCUGCUUCUUGGAUGAUUUUCCAAAGACUGUUAUUUUACUUGCCUCCGACUACGGAAGCGUUAAGAGCAGCGUCUGGAAUUUCUACCAACAAAGGAAGAGCCUCUGGCAGAGGAAAGCAUCGAAGAGGGCAAACUGAUUUUCAGGAUCGGGACAGUUUCCAGGUGUCGAAAGAUAUCGACAUAGAUCUGCAGAGAACGUACCUUGAUAUUGAGGUGAUAUCUGCUCUUAAGUAUUAUGCGGAACUCCGGUGGAUUCUCAACGUUGGGCUGACAUCUGUCAUUGCCUAUUUACUGACCGAAUUUUAUUACUCCUUCAAAGACUGGAUAAUUGGAGCUGCUGCGAACACAGCACGACAGACUGAAACAAAUUUUAGUUUGCUGUGGUGCAUUGUCACCACAUUUCUGUGCAUUCUUAUCCUUGGUCGGCUUGUCCAUCUGUACUAUGGAGCUACAGAACGCGGCGAAUUUUUCCUGGUAUUGUUGGUUGGUGGAUUGGGAGCGGUGAUUUCCGUUGUAAUGCUCGCGUUCAACCGCGGCACUCUGGAAUUUGGUUUACGGGAUGCUCACAAGAAUUUCACUGAGAAGCUGAAUCGGAUUCAGCUGAUGGGGGAAUUUGCGCGGACGGUGAAUUUCUCCUACUUUGGAUUUGGACUGUUGGUUGGACUGCUGUCUGGUGUAGCCAGCGCUCUGGUCGCGUUUCCCGGCAUACGGUUUGGGAAAAUGUAUCGAGAUGCAAAGAAGGCCGUCGCUGAACGAAAUCCAGCUCACGUCAUGCUAUACUCCAUCAGCUUUGCACUACCUGCGGCUCUGUGCCUCCUUUGGAUGCCGGCCGUGCAAGAACAUUUAUGGAUGGAAAACAAGUAUAUGAGUUUCGAAAUGUUUCGCACCAUUCUUCUACUGUUGGGCAUUGUUGUCCGUUUUCUUACGAUGAACGGCUUUCUCCAGGCCCAUUUGGAUUCGCCCCGAAAGCGCAUGCAUGCCCUCCACCAGGAGCCUGGAAGAAUCGAAGCGGAAAAGUUGCAGUUUUUAUUGGCUGCCCCUUCGCGGUAUAUUGGCGUAGCUGCGGUGCAGUAUGUGGCGCCCUUGGUCAUCCUGACUAUGUUGUCAUUCUUGUAUCUAAGCGCGGAUAUGGAAUCUUUUUUCCCGGUUAAAGGCGACUGGACGUACAAUAGAGUUUUUGGUUGGCUUGGUUUGCCGGCGGAUUACACGGCUACUGUGUAUGAAAUCCACAAUGCAGUUUGGUCACUGUUUACGGGAGCCCUUCUCAAAGCAUUGUUUGGAUAUCUGAUUUGGUGGAUAUUGAUAUCUCAUUUUUGUUUUUCUUUGUUUGCUUAUUAUAUUUUGCAAGAUCAGCAGUAGCCCUUGUUUUCGUUUUAUUUUGUGGUUUACUGAUUUUACUCCGUGGCCCUUGUUGAUAGUGCCUUUUGUUAUGUUAUGGUUGUUUGCUCACCAUCCUUCCCUGUGUGAUUUUUAAAUUAUUAGCAGCCGUAAUAAUAGUAAAUGCAAAUUAACUUGCGAAUUAUUUGUACUGUGCAAAUAAUUUUGUUUCCUGGAUGUCAGCAUGUUGAUUUUGAAAGGGUUUUCCCAAUUAGACGGUACAUUGUACAUCAAUUUCGAAAUAAAAAAACAGUAAACU